AUGAGAAUCAUCGAUGCUGUGAGAGGGCUUUUAAAGGAGGUUGGACUCCUUGGAAAAGAGGGAUUUGUCCCAAGUCCCACAGUGCAGGAGAACCCGGUGAUAGAUCCGGUAGAUAAGGACAUAUCCACGCCCAGGUCCACAGCGACGCCCAGGUCCACAGUGCAAGAGAUCAGAAAAAGUCAUGUUGCGAAAGAAAGAGUUGCGACAAGUCCUUUGAUGUGUUCUGUCGGUACCGACGAAUACUAUGAUCAAGAUGUUGGACUUUUUGAAUUAAGACCGAGAGAUGUGACUCCAUUGGAGUCAGGAAAAGAGAAGUCAACUGCCCAGGAGGCAUUGGUUACAGAGAAAGAACCGUCUCCUAAGGAGAAAGAGGCAUCGAGCAAGGAGAAAGAGCCCUCGCCUAAAGAGUUACUUGAAAAUGUCCCCGAAGAAGAUGCUGAAGAGAAUGAUAGUGACGAUGAUGCUGGCAGUGGAGAUGAGAACACGGAAGAAGAGGGUAACGCCGAUGGUGAUGAGGGUGAGACAACCGAUGAAGAUUCUGAAAAGGAUGACGCCGAUGGCGAUGAUACCGAUGGCGAAGAGGGUGAGGGAACCGACGACGAUGAUACAGCAGCUGAAUCUUCUGACAAAGAAUCGGCUGCCAAAACCAAUGAAGACACAGAUAUGUCUGCCCCCCUGUUGAACAUGAAGUCAAUCAACCUCCACCAGCAGUUGACUCCUCUGAUAAACAACAGUUGA